CAAACUGCAAGCGCCAACGACGUGCAAGGUUGUGAGUUUAGUUCAGUUUAGUUCUUCUUAAUAAGCUUCAGACCUCCCCGUCACGUAAAUAACUGUUUCUUGGCGAUAAAGAUGUCAGUGAUGACCUCAAGCAACAAAUCUUCAGUCCUUAAAGACGUUGUUGCCUAUGUUGAUGUGUGGUCAUCAGAAAAAAGAGCAAACUAUUCAAACAUUUUCAUUCAGCAACUGGAAGAAAUUGGAGCUGAGGUGUCACAAAGAUUUAACAAACGCGUCACACAUGUAGUAUUCCACAAUGGUCAUCCGGCUACAUGGAGAAAAGCAAAAAAUGGUGACAUACGACUUGUGUCUGUUUUGUGGGUAAAAAGUUGCUAUGAAAAUGGUGUCCAUGCAGAUGAGGAGUUAUUUCCAGCCUUAAAUGAUGAAAGCAAUCCAGUGAUGAAGAACAGGAAGCAUCUUUGUAUGCUACCAAAAGAUUAUCCAGUGCAAACAACUGAGAAUGACUGGCGUUUGAAGAAGAAACUGGAAAAGAUGAUGAACGACUUGCCGCCAAAGACACCUCUGGUUGAAGACUUGUCACCAGUCGUUAUAGAUGAGAAGAAUGGAAUAAUCUACAGCCCUGGUUUAAAAAGGGUCGAAUACAUGACACAGCGCCUAAAAGAGAUGAAAGCCCAACAUGAAAACCUUUCACCUACAGCCUCUCAAAUGUCAGAAUCUUGUUCACACACCGAGCUGAAGCCUUCUCUUGGAAGCACACCUACUGUCUUCAGAUUUCAGUUAGAUCAGUCAGAUGACGAUUCCAGUCCUUCUGUUGCAAAGCAUGGUUGCUCACCGGAUAAAGUUGUGGAGAAGCUGGAUUUUGAUUUUAGAAAUGAUGACCAUCUUGAACAAGAUUCUAUGAAGCCCUGGCUCUCACCUUGCCGUGACGUCCCAAAGCGAAUUUCAAGUGCACCAGACAGUCCUGGUAUUGACAUCCAGGAGGAUCAAGAGAGAAACAAACUAAUAACACCAAGAAGGGCUUCAGCGAGGAAAAAAGUAGCAGAGAAAAUGAAAUUUGGAGACGAUUUAGAGAGUCCUAUCCAGGACAAACCUGAAAAAAGCAAGACUUUUCCAAAAGACAAAAGGCAGCCACCGAUAAAAUCAGCCAGUAAAUCUGAAACUAAGAAGAAGAAAACUCCUGCAGAUGCAUCUUUUAAGGAAACUAAAUCCUUUUUAUCUCCUAAUGCUGUGAUUUCUUCAAGUUUUCUUUCAACAUCAGCAACAUUAGUUGAUUCAGCAAAUGGUAUCUCAAAAGAAACUUGCCUGUCAAAAACACCAGAACUGAAAACGCCUAGAAAAGCCAGACUGUCAUUCUCUGCCUUGGUGCGAUCUUUCACUCUAUCCAGUGAACAAAAAGUUGUUGCCUCGAGUUCGGCUGAUGCAGAUGCUGAUGUGUUUGAAGACUAUUUCUCUCCUGCAAAUCACAAAAGGUCUCUUUUGCCCGAUCUACCUGUCGAAAGCAACAUUAGGAUUCCAUUUGAGUUGGACUUUGUCCUGAAAAAAAGAAAACAAAGACAAAGUGAAAACUUUAGCACUUACAAUAAAAUGCAGAAAAUGGAUAAAAGUUCUAGCGGUGAAAAGCUCAAUCAGCAUUCUGAUGAAAUCAGUGAGUGUCUUCAAAAACAGGAUGUCAAGACAUCUCUGUCAGCAUCUAACUGUGAAAGUGUUUGUGUUGAACUUGAGACUAAGAAGCAAAACCCUCUGGAAUUUACAAGUGCCAGUAAAAGUACCGGUGAUGCAGGAAAAUGUAGCUCAGCAUCUACAUCAGGACCACCGUCGUCACAGACAGAGGACAUCCCAGGUCUGGAGCAGCAAAAAAACUCUGGUCUUUCUCACACUGUGGAAAGUGGAGAAAAUGAAUGUUUGGUUGCAGCUGCUCUCACAGACGCCAAGGGAAAUCGUAAUAAGCCUGACAACUCGAGUCUUCAGAAAAUGGUUAACAAAACAAAGACGAUGAGAACACUGGUCAUGACAAGCAUGCCUACUGAGAAGCAGCACACUGUGGUUCAGGUGGUGAAAGCACUGGGUGGAUUUUCAGUUGUCGACCGAGUGUGUGAGAGCACAACUCACAUAGUGGCUGGGGGACACAGACGGACUCUAAACAUCCUGUUGGGCAUAGCCCGUGGCUGCUGGAUCCUGUCAUUUGAAUGGAUUCUCUGGUGUUUGGAGCAAAGGCAGUGGAUUCCAGAGGAGCCGUAUGAACUUUCAGACCCUUUUCCUGCAGCACAGAUCUGUCGUCUUCAGAGGCACCUGUCUGCAGGGGAGCACCAGCAGGACCUGUUUCAAAACCAGCCAGCCAUGUUUGUAUCGCAGCUCUCCCAGCCACCCACUCAGAGUCUGGUCGAGCUGAUCGAGCUGUGCGGAGGAACAGUCUGCAAAUCCGUGCGGCAGGCAGGCCUCUGCAUUGGGAAGUACAGCGGCAGGAGACCAGAGGGAUGCAGGAUGCUGUCGGAGCAGUGGAUUCUGGAUGGCGUCACCAAUCUGAAGCUGGAGCCAUAUGAUGUCUACGACUUGGAUUAA